UAAACCAUGCCAAUAUAACAAAAAGGACUACACUCCGAUAGUAGAGGCAAAGUCGGUGUGAAAUUCAUUUAAUUGUAGUAACAUUGUGAUAUUUAUGUUUUCUUUUGGUUCAGGUUUGAAGCUGUAGUGGUUCGUAUUGCUACGGAAACGUUUUUACGCGAUUACUAUGGCGUUAAUGGUUUACCUAACUAUACUGACAACAGCCGUCAUCACGCAGGUGACUGCUAGCUGCCCAGCAGUGUGUAACUGCCCCUCAGAAUCUCUUUCUUGCCCUGCAGGGGUUAGCGCAGUGCUUGAUCAAUGCGGAUGCUGCAAAGUGUGUGCUGCACAGCUCAACCAGGACUGCAGCCCCACGACACCAUGUGACCACCACAAAGGGCUGGAGUGCAAUUAUGGCAACGAUGUGACCAUGGCCUGGGGCAUCUGUCGAGCUAAAUCUGAAGGACGGUCAUGUGAGUACAAUGGCAGGAUCUACCAGAACGGUGAGAGUUUUCGUGCUGGCUGUAAACACCAGUGUACCUGCAUCGACGGUGCUGUCGGCUGUGCUCCGCUCUGCAACAACAAGCUGCCGCCAGCAUCGUCUUCCUGCCCAUACCCUCAGCUGGUCAGGAAACCUGGCCAGUGCUGCUUCAGUGUGGACUGCAGUAAGGGCUCAUGGCCCCGCCUACCUAAACAUCAGCCGCCUCCACCUCCACCUCACCGCCACCUGCCAAGAGCUAACAUCCACCCAGGACCUCAGCAACAUGAAAACAAUCUGCUUCUGACCAACAAGCUUUCUGAUGUUAAGUUUAAUGACUGGGAGAGUGAACCUGGCUUCAAACACCUGCGAGCCUGGAACCAUGUGAAGAAAAGGAAAUGUCCGGUGCAGGUGACAGAGUGGUCCCCGUGCUCUCGUAGCUGCGGGAUGGGCGUUUCAUCUCGAGUCACCAACAGGAACCCAGAGUGUAAGCUGGAGAGAGAGACGAGGAUCUGCAACAUCCGGCCGUGCCGCGGUCUGACCAUCCCCGCCAAGAAAGAGAAGAAGUGUUCUCCAACCCAGAAGGCUCCAAAGCCCAUCCAUUUGUUCUACGGAGAAUGUGCGAGCGUCCGCCUCUACCGGCCCACCUACUGUGGGGUGUGCAAAAAUGGACGCUGUUGCUCUCCACGCCACUCACGCACAGUACCGGUGACUUUCGUCUGCCAGGAUGGAGAGCGUUUGCAGAAGUCAGUUAUGUUCAUUCAGUCAUGCAAAUGCAGUGAAGACUGUGAGCACCUCAAUGACGUGGCCCUCCCCUCACAGCACUGGAUGUACGGUGACACACACAAGUUCAUAGACUAGUACUGAAGACUUGCAUUUUGAUAGUAAUGUGACCAGGUCAUACUUCAUGAUCAGGGGCGCUUUUAGACACCCUGGGGUCCCUAGGCAACCGGCACCAUGGAGGCCCUCCUGACGGCUGACAUUGGUCCACUGUAGACCAAUGUCAGCCGUCAGUCUCUUGGGUCCCCUUCCAGCUCGGGGCCCUAGGCAAUUGCCUGAGUUGCCUGCCCUGUUGCAACGCCUCAUGUUCAUGAUGAAGGUACGUGCUGCAAGACGAGGGGCCACAUUUUUAUUAUGUGGCUUUAAAUGAGUGAAGACCACAGGCACCUUCUAGUCUACACAGACUGCAGACUGAAAGGACCGCCUCAGUUCAUUUUGUAGACAUGAAGGCAAGCUUUAAUAUAAUGUAUGACCAAAGUGGAUUGUACUCUAACCCACUCUUGUUUAAACAGACGUGGGACAUAAAAAAAAACAAUGCCCUGAAGGACACCUGGACUUAUCGGACACAUUACUGGUCCGGAUGUUGACUUAGUUAUUUAAAUCCUCAGAUCAUUCUAAUUCUACCAGAGCAAUGAUGCACUUUGACACUAUAGAACAUAGACAUCAGUGUACUGUCUAACAAAUAUAGAGGCAGCAAAUUGUAACUUCAUCAGUUCUAAUGUAUGAAGUAAACUGUAGACAUGUAUUAUUUUUUUAAAAUAACUUUAAUUCCAAGUCAGCAUGUCAUAAACAUGAAUACACACUGCACUGCGUCUUUGAUAUAUUGUCAUAAACAUCUAAAACUUGACAACUUGCAACAAGUUUGCUUGAUAAGAAAUUGUUAAAUGACAGUGCAACUAGAAUGUGUGUUAGCAGCAGGGGCUGGAGUAAAAUCAGACGUUUUCAAAAACUUAAAUGGUUCAUUGGAGUGCUUGGAAAGGUGAGUUAAUUGUUAUAUUUCUGGGUCACAUUGGGUCUUAAUUUUUGAUCCAAAGUUGUAUUCCAGUGAUAUUUAUCUAUUUAGACACUGUAGUAUAGCUGUCUUUAGAUUUUUGGACAACUUUAUUAGACAAAAGUUUUUAUUCGACAACUCCUGCAGGGAGAAAUUAGUUGGAUUUAAAGUGUGAUACCAGCACCCCCUGCUGGUGACAAGAAUGACCUACAGCUUGCGACGACAGUUUCUGUUUAGAACAUCUGGCAUAGUUACAGUGCAAAAUUAGGUAACUUCAACGGCAUCACAUUGAGUAUAAAAGUUUAUUAUUUUAACAACCAAAAAAAAGAUUUUACAAGAAGACUAAAACAAGCAUCCU